AUGAAUAGAAUGAAUCCAUACGAUAGUAAAAAUAAUGAUCCUAUUCGCGAGAAGCUCAAAUAGUUAGAAGAAAAAUCAGUUGAGCUAUAAAAAUAGGGUAAAUAUGGAGAGUCUCUUGAUGUAUUAGAAGAAGCUUUUAACCUAAAAAUCAAUGCUUAUGGUGAAGAAAGCGAAGAAGUCCUUAAAACAAGUGAAAAGCUUUGUGAGCUUUGUAAUUUGAUUGCUAUGUUAUGUCUAACAAGAGGGAAAAAUGAAGCUUGUUUUGAAUUCUUAAAAAAAGCGAGAGUUUUAUGUGAAAAUUCAUACAACUUCAAAGCAGUAACCUACAACAAUAUGGCUUGCUACUAUAAGCGUAUAAAUAAAAAUAGAGUAGCUCUUGAUUAUCUCAAAAAGGCCUUAGAAAUAGAGAUACAUAUAGAUCGCCCAUAAAGCUUAGCUGAUACCCACCUUAAUUUAUGUGCAGUUCUUUCAUAGUUAGAGCGCCACAAAGAGGCUCUUGAGCACGUUCUUAUGAGUAUUGUUCUUUUACAAGAGGAACACAUGCAGAAUGUUCUUUAGUAUGGACAUCCUCGCCAAAGAUAGUAGCAAAAUAUGCAUAAUUCAGAAAAUUAGGAUCCUAACGAUAAUGAUGAUGGAGAUUAUCAAAAUCAUGAAUAAAAAGGAUAAUAAAACAGUGAUGGUGGAAAUAGAAAUUUUGAUGAUCGUAUUGCAGUUUUAGCAAUAGCUUACCACAAUAUGGGUGUUGAAUUAGAAUUCCUCAGUCGUUUUGAGGAAGCUAUUCAAGCUUAUAAGAAAGCUGUUAAUUUUUCGAUAACUUAUCUUGGAGAAAGCCAUAGUCUAGUAGAAAAUCUCAAAGGUGUUCUAGCCUAAGCAGAAAACUAAAUACAAUCAUAAAAGUCUAAGGAAAUUCGUAGAAGAGAGGGUAAAGACAUAAAUAAAAAACCUUCAAUCCGUAUCAACCAAGCUUAAACAGUUUACAAUACAUCUGAUAUGCCAUAUAAACGUGCUACAACUGCUAAAUCUGCUCCUGGUGGAGGUAAUUUUAGAAUAACUUCUGCCUAAACCACUAAUAACCCUUAAUAUAAAACAAAACUGCCUUCUAUGCAAUUCUAACAAAAUCAGGGCACAGGAGGAAACAUUCCGAUUUAAGGAGUCCGCUCACCUACCUAGUAAAGGCCUUAUACAUCUAACUAUCCAUCUCAAAGUUCUAAAAAUAUGAAUCAAGGUUAAAUGAACUAAAAUUAUUAUUAGAAUAAUUAAUAUGAUUAAUAAUAAUAUACUCCAUAAAAUUAGCAGCAAUCAAACUACUAAAUGUAAUAAAACAAUUAACAAUAUCCUUAAAACGAAAUGCUGAACCCUCGAAUUGAUCAUUCAAGAAAUGAUAUUUCCCCAGACUAGUACUCUAAUUAAAAUAAUUGA